AUGGGGGAAGCCGAUGUCAUCAUCAGGAGGAAGGAAGACCUCUCAGAUACAUGCUACAACAGCAGGCCCUGCCAAAACACGGGCCGCUCGUCCCGUGAACCCCCGGCAUGCAUCCCUCCAGCGGCGCACUUGCUGGUUUGUGUGCUCAUGGGCUGGGCAGCGGGUUUGGGGGGCAGGGCUGCAGGCGGUUUCGUAGAGGUGCUGGAUGCAUACUGUGCAUGUGGGGUGAGCAGGGAAACACGGGACCCGGCUCUUGCCCAGCCAACGGCUGCAUGCCCGUAUGCGGAGGAGCAUGGGAGCCCUCCGCAUGAAGCCUUGGGCAUUGUCAUGGCUCCCAUUACGGGUGAAUCAGCCAGAUAUGUGGGCGUGCAUGUUGUCAAUCGCAAGCACUCUGCCUUGAUGCUAACUCGCGUGGGGUUGUGUGAGCACGCACUGUUCACCAUGAGGGUGAACGUGCACACGACCGUGCGUGUGUCGUGUGGUCGAGCCGCGGUACCCCACCGCUGUUGUGGUACCCUCCUCAGCAAACAGUCCCCCCCCCCAGGAAGUGGACGGCGCCAAUCGCUCUGCACCUAA